AAGCUCCAAAGCAGAAGUUGAAGCCCGGCUGAGCAAGACGUGCGCCGAGGGACAGCCCGGGGCCCCAGGCAAUUGCUGCACGAGGGACCCCCGAGCCUCCACCUGUGGCUGGCUGGUCCAGGGAUCUGGCGGGUGGCUGCGCUCCGGGGUCACGACCAGCAGUCUCCAUAUUUCUCCUGCUUCUUCCCCCUCCCUGGAGAGGCUGACAAUGAGCACCAUGAUCAACGUGGACAGCCUUCCGGAAUAUGAGAAGAGUCAGCUCAAGAGAGCCCUGGAGCUAGGGACGGUGAUGACCGUGUUCAGCGCCCGCAAGUCCACCCCGGAGCGGAGGACGGUCCAGGUGAUCAUGGAGACUCGCCAGGUGGCGUGGAGCAAGACUGCAGACAAGAUCGAGGGCUUCUUGGACAUCAUGGAAAUAAAGGAAAUCCGUCCAGGGAAGAACUCCAAGGACUUUGAGCGAGCCAAGGCUGUCCGCCACAAGGGAGAUUGCUGCUUCACCAUCUUCUACGGCACCCAGUUCGUCCUCAGCACACUCAGUUUGGCAACUGACUCCAAGGAGGACGCAGCGAAGUGGCUCUCUGGCCUGAAGAUCCUGCACCAGGAAGCGAUGAGUGCGUCCACACCCACCAUGAUUGAGAGUUGGCUGAGGAAGCAGAUUUACUCAGUAGAUCAAACCCGAAGAAACAGCAUCAGCCUCCGGGAGCUGAAGGCCAUCUUGCCCAUCGUCAACUUCAAAGUGAGCAAUGUCAAGUUCCUCAAGGACAGGGUGGUGGAAAUUGGUGCACAGAAGGAUGAGCUCAGUUUUGAACAGUUCCAUCUCUUCUAUAAAAAACUCAUGUUUGAACAGCAGAAAUCGAUACUCGAUGAAUUCAAAAAAGACUCCUCCGUGUUUAUCCUAGGGAACACAGACCGCCCCGAUGCCUCUGCUGUCUACCUGCAGGACUUCCAGAGGUUUCUCUUACAUGAACAGCAGGAGGCCUGGGCUCAGGAUCUGAACAAAGUGCGGGAGCGGAUGACCAAGUUUAUCGACGACACGAUGAGGGAAACUGCGGAGCCCUUCUUGUUUGUGGACGAGUUCCUCACGUACCUGUUCUCCCGAGAGAACAGCAUCUGGGAUGAGAAGUGUGACGUGGUGGACAUGCAGGACAUGAACAACCCCUUGUCCCAUUACUGGAUCUCUUCUUCCCACAACACGUACCUCACCGGGGACCAGCUGCGUAGCGAGUCCUCCCCGGAAGCGUAUAUCCGCUGCCUACGAGCUGGCUGUCGCUGCAUCGAGUUGGACUGCUGGGACGGGCCUGACGGGAAGCCCGUAAUCUACCAUGGCUGGACACGGACCACCAAGAUCAAGUUUGACGACGUUGUUCAGGCCAUCCGAGAUCACGCCUUUGUUACCUCCAGCUUCCCCGUGAUCUUGUCUAUCGAGGAGCACUGCAGUGUGGAGCAGCAGCGUUACAUGGCCAAGGUGUUCAAGGAGGUGCUGGGAGACCUGCUGCUGACGAAGCCCACGGAGGCCAGCGCUGACCAGCUGCCCUCGCCCAGCCAGCUCCGAGAGAAGAUCAUUAUCAAGCAUAAGAAGUUGGGUCCCCGAGGUGAUGUCGAUGUCAAUGUGGAAGACAAGAAAGAUGAGCACAGGACCCAGGGCGAGCUGUACAUGUGGGACUCCAUCGACCAGAAAUGGACUCGCCACUACUGUGCCAUUGCUGACGCCAAGCUGUCCUUCAGCGAUGACAUUGAGCAGACGGUGGAGGAGGAGCCGGUCCAGGACACUCCCCCCACGGAGCUGCAUUUUGGGGAGAAAUGGUUCCAUAAGAAGGUAGAGAGGAGAACCAGUGCGGAGAAGCUGCUGCAGGAAUACUGCGCCGAGACGGGGGCCAAGGACGGAACCUUCCUGGUGCGGGAGAGCGAGACCUUCCCCAAUGACUACACGCUCUCCUUCUGGCGUUCUGGCCGGGUGCAGCACUGCCGAAUCCGCUCCACCAUGGAGGGUGGGGUCAUGAAGUACUACCUGACCGACAACCUCACCUUCAACAGCAUCUACGCCCUCAUCCAGCACUACCGCGAGGCACACCUGCGCUGUGCCGAGUUCGAGCUGCGGCUCACAGACCCAGUGCCCAACCCCAACCCACACGAGUCUAAGCCGUGGUACUAUGAUAGGCUGAGCAGGGGGGAAGCAGAGGACAUGCUGAUGCGGAUCCCCCGAGACGGAGCCUUCCUCAUCCGGAAGCGGGAGGGGACCGACUCCUAUGCCAUCACCUUCAGGGCCAGGGGCAAGGUGAAACACUGUCGCAUCAACCGGGAUGGCCGGCACUUUGUACUGGGGACCUCUGCCUACUUUGAGAGCCUGGUGGAGCUUGUCAGCUACUACGAGAAGCACGCGCUCUACCGCAAGAUGAGGCUGCGCUACCCCGUGACCCCCGAGCUCCUGGAGCGAUAUAAUAUGGAAAGAGACAUCAACUCUCUCUAUGACGUCAGCAGGAUGUACGUGGACCCGAGUGAAAUCAACCCUUCCAUGCCUCAGAGGACUGUGAAAGCGCUCUAUGACUACAAAGCCAAGCGCAGUGACGAGUUGACCUUCUGCCGCGGUGCCCUCAUCCACAACGUCUCCAAGGAGCCUGGGGGAUGGUGGAAAGGGGACUACGGGACCCGGAUCCAGCAGUACUUUCCGUCCAACUACGUUGAGGAUAUCUCAGCAGGCGACGCCGAGGAGAUGGAAAAGCAGAUCAUUGAAGACAACCCCCUGGGGCCUCUUUGCAGAGGCAUCUUGGACCUUAACACCUACAAUGUUGUGAAGGCCCCCCAGGGGAAAAACCAGAAAGCGUUCGUCUUCAUCCUGGAGCCUAAGAAGCCAGGGGAUCCUCCCGUGGAGUUUGCCACCGACCGCGUGGAGGAGCUCUUUGAGUGGUUUCAGAGCAUCAGAGAGAUCACUUGGAAGAUUGACACCAAGGAGAACAACAUGAAGUACUGGGAGAGGAACCAGUCCAUCGCCAUUGAGCUGUCCGACUUGGUUGUGUACUGCAAGCCGACUAGCAAAACCAAGGACCAUUUGGAGAACCCUGACUUCAGGGAAAUCCGCUCCUUUGUGGAGACAAAGGCAGACAGCAUUGUCAGGCAGAAGCCCCUUGAGCUACUGAGGUACAACCAGAAGGGCCUGACACGUGUCUACCCGAAGGGACAGAGGGUCGACUCCUCAAACUACGACCCCUUCCGCCUGUGGCUGUGUGGCUCCCAGAUGGUGGCGCUCAACUUCCAAACUGCAGACAAGUACAUGCAGAUGAACCACGCGUUGUUUUCACUCAACGGGAGGACGGGCUACGUCCUGCAGCCCGAGAGCAUGCGGUCUGAGAAGUAUGACCCGAUGCCACCAGAGUCCCAGAGGAAGAUCCUCAUGACACUCACGGUCAAGGUUCUGGGUGCACGCCACCUCCCCAAACUAGGGCGGAGUAUUGCCUGUCCUUUUGUGGAGGUGGAAAUCUGCGGGGCUGAGCAUGACAGCAACAAGUUCAAGACAACGGUUGUGAAUGACAAUGGCCUCAGCCCUGUCUGGGCUCCAACUCAGGAGAAGGUGACGUUUGAAAUUUAUGACCCAAACCUCGCAUUCCUGCGCUUUGUGGUCUAUGAGGAAGAUAUGUUCAGUGACCCCAACUUCCUGGCUCACGCCACGUACCCCAUCAAAGGCAUCAAAUCAGGGUUUAGAUCGGUCCCUCUGAAGAAUGGCUACAGCGAAGACAUCGAGCUGGCUUCCCUUCUGGUUUUCUGUGAGAUGCGGCCAGUCCUGGAGAGUGAAGAGGAACUCUACUCCUCCUGUCGUCAGCUGCGGAGGCGUCAAGAGGAGCUCAACAACCAGCUCUUCCUGUACGACACGCACCAGAACCUGCGCGGAGCCAACCGUGAUGCCCUGGUCAAGGAGUUCAACGUUAACGAGAACCAGCUGCAGCUGUACCAGGAGAAGUGCAACCGGAGGUUGAGAGAGAAGAGAGUCAGCAACAGCAGGUUCUACUCCUAGAAGCCGUGUGUGAAUGUGUAUGUGUGUGUCAGGGUGGUCGUGUGUAUGUGUGUGCGCAUAUCUAUGUCAGGGUGGUGUGUGUGUGCGUAUGUAUGUGUGCGAGCAUGUGUGCUUGUGUAGACUGGAGUGCAUCUGGGUACGGGAGAGCCUUGGAAUCAGCCCCCAGAAGGAGACUCAUCUGUGACAGCCACUGUCCUCUCGCCGAGCCACUCACUGUAGAGACGACAUUUCUGAAGACGCCCCAAUGGGCAGGCGGAGUUGGGACAUUUCCUGCUACUUUCCCACCUUGGACAACUUUCUUAACUUAUACUCCCGAUAGAGGACCCUCAAACUGUGAGCCUCACGUCUGUCCUCCCCUGUUCUCAGCCUCACUGAAUAAAGACAACAGUUUCAAGCCUUUA